CCUUCGCAACCCAUACAACCGGCUCGAUUUUGCUAUGGUCAUUGAUUCCUGGCUAUCAUGGCGGCAGUGAAACGAAGCGUUCGUCCGCUUGAAAAUGUCAUCUUGCUUACUUUUUUCUGGCUGGUUUUCUAUGCGCUUCUUGGGACGCAAUUCUUGCAAAAGACAAUGUUAAACCGGUGUUUGCGGAAAACGGACAAGAAAGAAGCCUACCCAGAACGUUUCUGUGACAAGAAGGUUCUCGAUGCGUACAUAUGCCCUUCCAAUCAGAAGUGUACGUUGCAUGGAAAUCCGAACUAUGGACAAACAAGCUUCGACUAUCUCUGGUAUUCCCUGAUCAGUAUGUUUCAGAUUGUGUCGCUGGAAGGAUGGGCACUUAUAAUGUAUCAUGUAAAGGAUUCUCAGGGGGAACGAGCAAAUUCCUACUUCAUGAGCUUGGUGGUAAUCGGUGCAUAUUUUCUUGUCAAUGUGUUCAUAGCUGGAAUAAGUGGAGUAUUUCUCCGUGUUCGAGCAGAACACCAGGCGCUGCUAAAAAAAAGCCGUCAAGCCCAGACUUCCUUUUACAGUGCAACAAUAAUGGCCAACAUCCUGAGGGACGACAUCAUACGUGACGAUGCCAGUAUGAGAUGGCAUACGCGGCUGUGGAACAAAUCAAAGAAAGUGCAACGGAAUGUUGUUCGGGCAUUUAGUCGCACCCAGUCGUCCAUGAGAGAAGCGUUCCGGUCUAGCUCAUUGAGGCUAAGCAGGGCUGGCUCGAUGACUUACAACCGCUCAUUGAGUCGAAGUAUGUCCAUGGGAGCCAGAGCAGCUUUAUCACUAUCCGAUCAGUGCCGCGCGAUUGCGGAACGUCCUAGUUUCGACUGGGGCGUGCUAUUGGCCGUGACUGUCAACGCUAUCGUCCUGUGUUUAUACAAGUACGGCAUGUCCAAGGAACUAUUGUACACGCUCUAUGGUAUUCAAGCUGUUCUCCUCGUGGUUUUCUCAGGAGAGCUUUUACUGAGGUUUCUUGCUUACGGUCCAGGCUCGUUUAUAUCCGACAGGAUGAACCUACUAGAUUUCUUUGUUGUUGUGGUCUCUGCUGGAGCUUUGGUCUCGCGCAAGUAUCCAAACAUCUCUGCUGUUCGAGUUUUGCGAUGGUUCUACUUGUCAAAAAAACACGUCGACAGGAACCCCUCUGUUGUGGCUACCUGUAUGAAAAGUGUUGGCUCGCUUGUCAGCGUGUUCUUUUUUUAUAUGCUCGUUAUUGUGGUAUUUUCCAUAUUAAGCAUGGAGCUCUACAGUGGCCAGUAUUACAAGUUUUCGGACGGGUAUCCCCGUGGAAACCACGAUAAUAUGCUUCAAACUAUGCUUCUCUGGUUCUCGGUAACUACUGCUGAGUCCUGGCCAAAUCAACUGUGGAAUUCGAUGAGACCGGGAGUAGAGUACAACGGAGUGGCUCCUUUCCUGUAUAUAUUCUAUUUUGUUUUGACAGCUUUUAUCAUUAUGAACCUUAUUAUCGCUGUUUUACUAGAGCGGAACGAGCUUACUGACAACGAGAAAAAGCAGAUUCAACGGACGGACCACAUACGAUUGCUCAAGCGCAUGCAAAGCAGAGCGUACGUAAGAAGCGGAAGCUGGAUGGUUGGCGCUGUCGAGGGAAUGAAGUCAAGCUUUGGAAGUUUUGCGCACCGUGUCCUUGGCAUGAGCGUCAGGCCAGUGAAAACUCACAAGGAAUCUCAACGGGACAAACGCCGGGACCGCGACGCGGACCACGACCGAGACCGGGACCGCGAUGAUCGCGCUCGAGACAGAGGCUACGACCUCCCUGGAGCAGUUUCUGGGGAAGCAGAAGGGGGCGGACAAACUUUAGAGGCCGUGUCGACUACAGGUGCAGAGGAAAACACCUCCACCUCAACGACAGGAGGAGAAAGAAGAGCCAGUAGGAACUCUCAGAUAUUACAGGCUACCGGAUUUCCACCAGACAUUGGGGAAAAGCGAGGCUCGAGGACUGCACUGGAGGAUGCUGUUCUCACGCUCGCGGACAUUACGAAGCCUCCUUCGUUUAAGUCUACCAGCAUGCUCAUGAGAAGUCUGAGCAGAAGCAAUAGCAAGAGGGAGUCCUUUCAGCUGUCCGACUACGAACUACUUGAGAAGGAUUUUACCAGAAUUGAAAGGCCAUGGUACCUGCAUGAAGGAUCGCUUUUGAUUUUUGGAGAGAACAGCAGCCUCAGAAAACUUUCGAGAAAAAUCGUCGAGCAUAAGUGGUGGCGCUGGUUUUCUCUUGGCUGGGUUGCCUUGAGUACCUGGAUUGUUAUUGAGAUGCGAUCGACUGGAGAGCCAGUCUUUGCCGACCUUGCCAUGAAGAUUCUUCACAAGCUCGUCUUCGCGUUUUUUAUGGUGGAGUUUCUGCUGAAAGUAAUCUCUUAUGGUUUAAUGUUUUCGCCUGACGCGGUGCUCAACGAUCCUUACAAUAUCUUGGAUAUCUUUCUACUUAUCAUCGACGGACUUAAUCUAUCGAGCUGGAGUGGGAGUGAGAGGUCUAGACGAGCAAUACAUGCUUUGACUGCACUCCGACCAUUUCGGUUUAUCUCUCGGGCUGCAAAGCUGAGGACCCUAUUGACGAAUCUCAUCAAAACCAUUCCGGCUAUAGUUGCUGUUCUGCUAUUCACCUUCCUCAUCUUCGUGAUUUUUGGAUCCAUAGGAAUACAGUUGUUUCGAGGCCUUCUCUAUUCGUGCAACGAUUCAAGUAUAACUCAUCGAGCCUAUUGCACUGGUCACUAUUACAACAACGUUGGCCUCUACUCUCCACGGGCGUGGAAAAAUCCCACGUUCCACUUUGACGACAUUGGCAACGCUUUCCUCUCGUUAUUCGUUUGCUCCACUUUCGACAACUGGGUGACGAACUGGCUGUACCCCGUAAUGGAUAUUGUUGGUCAGGACAAGCAGCCGCAACGGGAUAGCAGUCCGGCUUAUGCCAUUUUCUUUGUGGCCUUUUGCAUAUGCGGGGGAUUUUUCAUAGUCCGGGUGUUUAUCGGAGUAUUCAUCAACGAGUUUGGCAAGAACUCCGGGGCCUUGCUUCUGACCGAGAGGCAGAAGCUGUGGCGGGACAUGAAUCGAAUUAUCCAGAAGACGAAGCCAGCAGCAUUGCCGCGACCUCCAAAGAAUUUCAUCAGGAAGUUCUGUUUCUAUGCCAUCCGAAAUCGUACGUACCAGAAGAUCAUGAUCAUUUGCCUCCUGGGAUACUCUGGACUUUUGGCCACGAACUAUGCUGGCCAGCCGCCAUAUGUUUCCACACGCCGCCAGAAAGCUCACGUCGCUCUUACGACAUAUUUCUUGUUGGAGGCUCUGACGAAGUUUUUAGGCGACGAGUUUAGAGUUUACAAAAAAGAGUAUUCGAGGCACAUUGAGGCACUGAUAUCUAUUAUAGCGGCGUCGGGCUUGAUGGGAGUGAAGGGAACACCGAGGGGUUAUCUUGGUCGCUUUGGCUACAUUACUCGGGUCUUUUGCAUCAUUCCUCACGUACCGAGAGCACGGGUGAUUAUCAGAACCAUAUUCAUAUGUUUGCCAACAAUGGGAGAGAUCAUGGCUCUUCUCGCUAUUUUCCUGUUUGCGUUUGCGGGUGUUGGCUUCCAGAUGUUUAGUCACGUCAAGGACGGGAACUGCAUUGGCCCCGUGCUCAACUUUCGGACAUUCGUCAAUUCUUUCAUUACCGUCUUUCAGGUUUCAACACUGGACAACUGGUCUUGCAUUAUGGGUGACGUGAUGGUCGGCUCACCCCUAUGUUCCAAGAGUAGCCAUUUGACGGCGAACGACUGUGGCUUCCCCUUUGCUGGGGUGAUAUACUUCGUGCUGUUGGUCCUGGUCGCAAGCUUUAUCUUCAUGAACUUGUUUGUAGCUGUUAUUCUCGACGCCAUCACGUUUGGAUUGGUGAAUGAGAAUUCGAUGGUCACGCCUACACACCUUCUCGGCUUCAAAGCUCUAUGGGCUCACUAUGAUCCCCAUGCUACGGGAUACAUUGGAAUGCACAAGCUACGGAGAUUUGUGGAUGCGCUGGGUAUCCCCUUGGGACGUCGGCAUAAUGCCACUGUGGAAUGGAUUAUGAGGAUCGAGUUCGAGGUCCUAAGCUUUCGAGUCCCAAACAAAGGCAUUCCUUUCAAGCAGCUGCUAGAAACUCUGACGCUCUACAAGAUUGGACCCACAGGUCUGCCGCUAACUCUUCGGAUCGAACGAGAGAAACGAAUUCACGACAUUUACCUGCGGGGAGCGGCCACAAGGAUUGAAGCUCUAGUGCGGGGAUUUCUAGUGAGGAGAAGAGCCGCGCGAGCGAGAGGAGAGGAGAUUGGAGCGAAGCCCAGGAGCGAUCAAACCAAGAAGGAAGAACAGAAACCAGACGAAGGCGGCGGCGUCAGGAGCGGCCCAAUGCUUGUAGAGGGUAUCGAGUAGAAAUUUUUUUU